AUGUUCUUCGAGUCUCAGACGGUGACCCCCGGCCUCAAGGCAGGCAAGGGGCUCACCUCGUCUUCCAAACCACAUGCCAAGUUGGAUAUCAUCGAUAUCCGCCAAGCUGCUGUCGAGCUUAACCUCAAGGAAGAGAUCCACAGAUUAUUGCGUCCUCAAGAGGGACCACGAACAAUGCCAACACUUCUGCUGUAUGACGAGAGAGGCCUCCAGAUCUUUGAACAGAUUGAGCUCACCUACUUGGAAGAGUAUUACUUGACCAACUCGGAGAUCCAAGUGCUUCGCCGCUCAGCCCACGCCAUUGCUAAAGCAAUACCCUCUGGGUCGAUGGUUGUUGAGCUAGGCUCAGGCAACCUUCGAAAGGUCCAGAUUUUGCUCGAAGCCCUAGAAGAAGCUCAUAAGGAAAUUGACUACUACGCGUUGGACCUUUCCAAGGAGGAGCUUGAGAGAACACUGGCGCAAGUACCUUCGUUCCGUUGGGUGAAGUGUCACGGCCUCUUGGGAACCUACGAUGACGGCCGUGAAUGGCUGAAGCAACCUUCGAUAUCAGCUCGACCCAAGUGUGUGAUGAGUCUGGGCUCAAGCAUCGAUCGCGAAGGUUUGACCCACCAGUUCAUCCUGAAUGGUCUCGUCCAAGCGAACAAGGUUCUAGGUAUGGAAGCUUUCAACCUAGACGACUGGCAGGUCAUCGGUGAAUAUGUCUACGAUGUUGAGGGUGGACGGCAUCAAGCGUUCUACGCUCCAAUUCGGGACGUCACCGUACUGGGCAAUUCCAUCAAGGCCCACGAGCGUGUCCAAGUUGAGCAGAGCCUGAAGUACUCGGAAGAGGGAAUGAACAGGCUUUGGACGCAUGCAGGGGUGGUUGAAACGACCCGGUGGAUGACAGAAGGCGAUGAGUAUGGACUUCAUUUAUUGACGAAGCCAACCACCAUGCCUUUCAGCCUAAACCCGGAUCAGUAUGCUGCUACUGCCCUCCCCUCUUUGGACGACUGGAAGCACUUGUGGGCCACUUGGGAUACUGUCACCAGGUGUAUGCUACCUAGCGACGAACUUUUGGACAAGCCUAUCAAGCUACGAAAUGCCUGCAUUUUCUACCUGGGGCAUAUCCCAACAUUUUUGGAUAUCCAGCUAUCCAAAACCACUAAGACCCCGCCGACCGAUCCCACGUCUUACUAUGGGAUUUUUGAGAGAGGCAUUGACCCUGACGUGGACAACCCCGAACAAUGCCACGCGCACUCGGAGGUUCCCAACGAGUGGCCUCCAACGACAGAGAUUCUAGAGUACCAGAAGGCCGUGCGUGCCCGCUUGACCAAGCUGUAUUCUGAUGGGCCAGAAAAGAUCCCUAGAGAUGUUGCUAGGGGGAUAUGGGUCGCCUUUGAGCAUGAAGUUAUGCACAUCGAAACGCUUCUCUAUAUGAUGCUACAAAGCGAUAAGACGUUGCCGCCGCCUGGCAUACCAUACCCCAAUUUCGAGGCUCUGGCUCGGGAGGCCGCCCAAAAGAGAACUGCAAAUGAAUGGUUCAAUAUCCCUGAGCAGCAGAUUGCUGUCGGUCUCGAUGAUCCGGAGGAUGACAAGGAGGCUCAAGGCCACUUUGGGUGGGAUAAUGAGAAGCCAUGUCGUCGCGUCACCAUCCCUGCAUUUCAAGCGAAAGCCCGGCCAAUCACGAAUGAAGAGUAUGCAAGAUACAUGUAUGACGCCAAGGUGGCCAAGGCUCCUACCUCCUGGACACAGGAACCCCUAAAGGAAAACGAUGGAGUGAACGGGAACGGGCACAUCAAUGGCCAGAGCAAUGGCCACAAUGAAGCCUCGAACCUGGUGCCGCUAUCGUUCUUGGAGGGCAAGGCUGUCAGAACUGUGUAUGGUCUCGUGCCCCUUGAACAUGCCUUGGAUUGGCCCGUCUACGCCUCGUACAAUGAGCUGGCUGGCUGUGCCGCAUGGAUGGGAGGAAGGAUCCCCACCUUCGAAGAGGCAAGAAGCAUAUACAGUUACGUCGACUACAUGAAGAAGGAGCAGGCAGAGCGCAAACUCGGGAAGACCGUCCCGGCAGUGAACGGACACCUAGUGAACGAUGGCGUGGAGGAAACUCCGCCAUCCAAAGGUCAGUCUGAGGCCAGCGGGGCAUCGUCUGGAAACGACGAUCUCUUCAUGGACCUCACCACUGCCAAUGUUGGUUUUACCCAUUGGCACCCCACGGCCGUGACAGCGCACGGCAAUCGCCUAGCCGGUCAGGCCGAAAUGGGAGGUGUGUGGGAAUGGACUAGUUCUCCCCUGACUAGACAUGAGGGAUUCGAGCCCAUGGCCCUUUACCCUGCUUACACUGCGGACUUCUUUGACGGAAAGCACAAUAUCGUCCUUGGUGGCUCAUGGGCGACACACCCCCGCGUCGCAGGGCGGAAGUCUUUGUAA